AUGGCCUCUUGUGUCCAUUCGGGUGCUCCAGACCUCGUUCCACCCGGUCCCUCCCAGGCUGUUUACCGAGAAGACUGCACUCAGUGUUUUGACUCGAUUUUCUCUAAGGAUGGUGACUCGGGCUUGAAUCGCGACGAGCCCCCGCCGAAAAUCUCAAAGCUUGCUAUCGCAGCCGAGACAGAAGAGGACCGAUAUGAUGUUGCUACAUCUGUAGUGUGUUACUCAUGCUCUCGGCGUGACGUGGAUAAAUCCGACGGCAGACUUCCCGCAGUGAUUGAAGGUAUUAUGACCGCCAUGACCUUUUCGAAAAGAGAGGAAGUCAAAGCCUGGGAGCAAGAAUUCGUUCCUUGCGAACAUACCCUUAACCUGGUUCAGCAAGAUCGGAAAGGUGUCGAAUCCCAGGAUUCUAGUCAUUGCACUACCUGCGACUUGACAGAGAACCUUUGGAUUUGCCUGGAAUGCGGGAACAUUGGCUGUGGACGAAGUCAAUUCGGUGGAACUCGUGGAAACUCCCAUGCUCUUGCCCAUGCAGAUUCAACAUCCCAUGCUGCUGCCGUCAAGCUUGGCUCUAUCACGGCAGAAGGCUCAGCAGAUAUCUACUGCUACAGAUGCAACGAGGAGAGAACAGACCCAGAGCUCUCCUCACACCUUGCACAUUGGGGGAUUUAUCUGGCUGGGCGGGAGAAAACCGAAAAGAGCCUUAUGGAGAUGCAAGUCGAACAUAACCUACAGUGGGAGUUUUCCAUGACUACUGAGGAUGGUCGUGAACUGACGCCAGUUUAUGGCCCUGGGUUCACGGGCCUGGCCAAUCUUGGGAACAGCUGCUACUUGUCCAGUAUCAUGCAGUGCGUCUUUUCGGUCCCGGGGUUUCAAACCAGAUAUUUCCACCCAAACGAGGAACCGCCGCUAUGCCAAACACCCGCACAGGACCUCGAGACACAAAUGCGCAAGCUUGCAGAUGGUAUACUCUCGGGGCGGUACUCUCGCCCGGAUUCGCGUGUUAUUGCGUCCCCUAGCUCUCCGGAAGUUCCCCAUCAAAAGGGUCUACCUCCAGCAAUGUUCAAGUAUCUAGUUGGACAGGGUCAUGAGGAAUUUGCAACGAUGAGGCAACAAGAUGCCUUUGAAUUCCUGCUGCAUUUGUUCAAGUCGAUCAGCCUCUCCAGCCACCCAAAGGGGCAGGUUAAUCCUGUGCAACAUUUUCGAUUCGAGGUUGAGCAGCGUCUUCAGUGCUUAGGCUGCAGGAAGGUCCGCUAUAGGGUGGAUGAACAAGACAACGUCUCUAUUGCAGUGCCUGCACGUCGUUCCUCGUCUCACGAAACUGCGGCAAAUCGGUACGAUUCAGUGACUUUGUCCGAGUGUCUGGAUAUAUUCACUUCAGAGGAAAUCGUUGAGCUUAAAUGCCCCGCAUGCGGCAGUCAAGAUGGUUUCUCGAAGCGCUCGUCCUUCAAGACAUUGCCCCAGGAGCUAGCAGUCAAUGCUCGUCGCUUUCAACUUGUGAACUGGGUCCCCACAAAACUAGACAUUCCUGUGCAAGUCGAUGAUGAGCCUGUGGAUUUUGGUCCCUACCUUGCUGCCGAGCAUGAUGCAGGUGAAGAGCUUCUCCCAGAGGUGAAGGAAACCACGAUUUUUGCCCCCAACCCAGGAGUCUUGGAUCAACUUUUAAGCAUGGGAUUCCCUGCUGUACGGUGUGAAAAGGCUCUCCACGCAACUGGUAACUCCGAUCCUGAAGCUGCCAUGAAUUGGCUAUUCGCCCACAUGGAAGAUCCAGAAAUUGACGUACCUUCUACCCUGGAACAACCGACUGGUGGACUUGGAGAACAUGAACAAGAUGCGUCAAAGGUGUCUCAGCUGGGGGAGAUGGGCAUCGAGGCACCCCGUGCUCGGCGAGCAUUGGCGGCGACCGAUGGCGAUGUUAAUAGGGCUCUUGACUGGGUAUUCAGCCACCCUGACGACGGGUCAGAGGAUCAAAGGCAUGGCAUUGACAGUAGUGAUGCUGAUAGUGGUCAUGGAAUAUCCGGCUACGACAGUUUACCAGCUCGCUAUCAAUUGCGGUCUAUUGUGUGCCACAAGGGAACCUCUGUUCACGCAGGACAUUAUGUGGCCUUGAUUCGCAAGACAUUGCCGGGUCAAACAAGCUGGUCAUGGGUCAUGUUCAAUGAUGAAAAGGUUGUACGGUUCGAGGACGUUGAAGAAAUGAAGAAGGCUGCCUAUAUGUACUUCUUCAGUCGUGUUUAA